AUGGCUCUAUGGCGGGCGAUGGACGCCUUGAAUUUUGUCGUCGACAGGGCAAAAGAAGGAUCAGAUCAGCUUUAUGCACCUGGCGACACGAUUGAGGCAUCCAAGCGUUCUUUCAAAGUCACCGAAGUUUUGGGCACAGGUGAGCAACAUUUUUUUUUUUUUGAUUAGGUGGUUUUUUUUUUUGAAUUUUCAAACAUCUGCUUGCAUCUGGCUUGAAAACCCUCGUUUUCAAAAAAAGUUCAAAAAAAGAAGAAAAAGAGUGAUUAUAUACAUUUUUCAAAAAAAUUUCAUCUUUAGGCGGAUUUGGCACUGUAUUCAAAGCAGUAGAAGUUUCUUCGAAGCAGCAAGUUGCGAUAAAAGUUAUGUUAUCAAGUACUUCUGAUACCGAAAAAGGACAUCAGAAAAAGAAGCCGCCACUCUGCAAAAAAAUUUCCAAGGUUUGGUGUCCUCAUUUAAUACUUUAAAUGAAACUGUUUCAAAUUUUAGUCUUCUUGCUUAUACAUCGCAAAAAUGCUGGCUUAUGACUCUCAAAAGCUGCCAACUGGAGUUCAUCAACACAAGCUGGUUCUUGAGUUGGGAAAAUGUGUGUAAAAUAUUUAUUUAUAGACCAGUUUUUUUAUGAAAAUUUUUUCAGUCUGUUUGGCGAAUGUACUCAGAGAUUAUCGGAAUCUGCUGAGCGACGAAGACAUUUAUCGCAUUGGCUAUCAAACAACUAUGGCGAUCGCCUGUCUCCACGAAUUGAACAUCACUCACCGUGAUGUCAAAUCGGAAAACGUUCUGAUUACAUCUGAAGGCGUCGUCAAGAUAUGCGACUUUGGCAGUGCUACUUCUGAAUCCAUUGACGUUGAGAAAAUGAGCAACUCGGCCAGGUCUUUGGCUCAAGAAGAAGUUUGUUUUUUUGUGGAGUAAAUUUUUUUGAAGCCAUUUUCUGCUUACUAAAAAAACAACUAAAAAAAAUCUUUGGAGCUUUUAUUGGAAUUUUUUUGUAAUUAAAUUUAAAAUUUAGUGGAAGUUUAGUAUCUCUAAACCAUUGAAAAAAGAAAGAGAAAAGUCGCCCUUCGACCAGAAAAAUAAUUUUCCAUGAUAAUCUUGCUCUUUUUCAGAUCCAAAAAGCACACAACGCCUCUGACAAGAACACCUGAAGUUUGCGAUAUGUUCUCGAUUUCACCAUUUCCAAUUGGUACAAAGCAGGACGUUUGGGUUCGAACUUUUGACUGAGUAGAAUUUAUCAAAUUUUUUUAUAGGGCCUCGGCUGUUUCUUCUUUUUCCUCUGUUACAACGAACAUCCGUUUGAUGGAGGAAUCUUGGCGAUUGUGAAUGCCAAAUACCGGUUCCCACAAACGAUGCUGAAUAACACGUUGCCGCUGAAGCAGAUAAUAAGUGAGUUUAUCGGUUUGGAGUUUCCAAAACAACCCAAACCAUCUCAGAAAUUUUUGGAAAAAGCAAUUUCUCACAAAAAAGGAGAUUUAAAUUUAGGCAACUGUCUUGUACCAAAUCCAGAUGAACGUCCAACGGCUAUCAACAUCGCAGAAGAGAUAAAAAGUUUAGUCUCUAGACCAGAUGGAGUGUUGACCACACUUGUUCAGCAACUGGUUAAACAAGAUGAAGAGAAGAAACUGGUAAUUAUUAUAUUUUUAAUGUAUUGGUUUGAAAUAAUAGGAGAAGCUGUCAUAGUUUGCACAAUGCUAGUUGAGACGUUACUGAGCAAUACUCUCAAAACGACAUUUGAAUGUAUUAUAAUUAAGGCGCCAAAAUAAAAGCGUGAGGCUUCCUUAAAACAGUUUUAUUGAAAAAUGAAAAAUUUAUAGAAUAACUAUUCAGAACGACCAAAGAACGGAAACAGCCUCCUGGGACAUGAUGAAAGUGAUGCGGAAAAAAUUAACCGAUGGAAUUUCACAGCUCAAGCCGGUUCUUCCUGUUUCCUCUACCUCGUCCAUGAAAGUGAGUAUUAUUCCAACUUCCCGAAAAAUGAUUUUGAUAUAGGACUACGAAGAUAAAUCUUUAAUUGUGAGAUUUUUGACGGAUCGCGUUUAUUUGGCACUCAUCGCACACGAUUCAGCGGAAGGCAUUCGAAAUGUUUGAUUUAAUGUUUAUAAAUCUCUACUGAAUUUUUUUUUGCAGGCCUCUGCCAGCCUGUUGCAGUUCGUUCGUGAAGCUAAUCAACAGUUUUUGAUUUUAAACUUCUCAGAAACGUUUGUUUACAAAUUUUUGCAUAAAUCUUUUGUUUCAGCCUUUUAAAAGAUUUUGAAACUGGGAUCAUUUCAAACAUACGAUUUCACAAUUUUUUGGACAUCCGUGGUUACCAAGAGGUGAAAAAGGCACUAUUUCAGAUAGAAAAGUCUUGGUUGCAGAUUCUGAGUUACAUCAACGGCAAUGUUCCGCCAGACGCAAAAAUUCUUAUUUUUGGAAACUCUCGUGAGUUUUAAUAUGUGUUUUUCCUAUUAAAUUAUCAUUACAAAAAAAAAUUUCAAUUUUUUCAAUGUAGUAUUGAAAAAUUUUCCAAACAAUCAAAUUAUUUGAAAUAGAACGAUUUUCUAACUAACCUGUAAAAUAAAUAGUGUUUCAGUGAUUGCGGGAAAUGCUGCAAAAGUAAUAUUAUUGGCCUCCAGUGCCGUUGAGGACCCUAUUCAACUUGUCAACACAAAGAUCCCAGACGCCUUGAAGAGCAGAACUGUGCAAAGUUCUGUUUUCAUCCAAUUAUGGAAGCGUUUCUUCACCAGAAAUGACGAAAAUGUAAACUUUCUUAGAGUUUUUUUCUUUUUGAAAAAAAGUAUAUAAUUAGGCAGCCGUACAAGAAAAAAACGAUUGCUGGUCAGUCGUGUCGUAAUCGAUGGCUUCGAAACGAAUCAAUACGGUAUGAGAUAAAAAAAUAUUAAAUAUUACAAAUAGAGUUUUUUUAGACAACUUUUCUCUGCACAUCGUUUCAUAUAAAAAGCUUUGAAACGACUCAAACCUCUGUUCAAAGGUAUUGUAAUACAACAUAUAAUAUUCGGUACUUUUUUCAGAAACUCCCAGAAUGUUAUCUUUGACGGUGAAUUCAUUGCGCCUCAUGAAUCUUUAUUUGUGAUUUACGCAAAAAAUAGCCAGACGGGUAAAAUGUGUCGGGUGCGUUUUUCAGUGUCUUUUUCAUUAAUAGAACAGCAGAACGUUUUUUUUUCAGGUUCUAGAAUUUUAUAUAAACGCGUCUGUGAUCAAUUCCAACAACAGGAAAAUUUAUCUGUUGAACUAUCCAUUUGCUGGCCGACAAGAUUUGGCUAAAGCGAGGUUGGUUUUUUUUAUUUGACGAGUUUUUUCAUAAAAUCUCCUUUUUUCAAAAUUCAAUAAAAAACGUCCUUUUUGUCUGUUAUUGAGAAAAUCGUAUUUUUCAGAUGUGCAGUUUAUUUCUCUCAAGGUCCCACGGGUGAAAGGCUGAAGCUGCAGUUUCCCAGAACAUUGUGCCACACUGAGCAAAGUCUAAGUUUGUUUUUAUUUUUUCCUUUUAUUUCCUUCUGAUUCCGUGCUGGAGCAGCAAAUGCUAAAACAACGUUUUUAUGGAAGGAUUUCAUGAAAAAUAAAACACAAAGUACAAAAAAAAUAGUUUUUUAUUUUCGGAGAUAAAGUAGCAAAAAUUUAUGAGCCAUUUGAAAAGUUUACGCGGCCGUUCUGUUUUUUCUUUUUCCAAAAUUGCAAAGGUGUUUUAUAAAAGUUACAAAUAACUAUAAAUAGGAUGUUUCGGAUCAAUAAAAAAACUAAUCAGGUUGAAAUUUAGCUCAAACUUUCCAACGCGUUCAUCGAGAACUGCGGAAGCGUUAUUCUCCUGCUCCCGGAGGUUGGACAGCAAUAAAAGAAGUUUCAAAACUCUAGAGUUAAAAACCAAAAAAGUUGAUUUUUUAGAUCGGCGUUCCAUCUGAAAGUAGAAUUCUUCCCCGCGACCACGAAAUAGUUCACUUUGACUCCAACAAAAAGGAUUUGAUGGGUUUUACCGGUUGGUCAAUUUACAACUUCCUUUUAAAAAUUGCCAUAAGAAUGCAAAACUAUUUGAUAUACUUCUAGAAGAUGCUGGAGAUCUGCCAAUGGCCCCACCUGAAUUCGACGAAGUCUUCAUUCUUCAGGGACCGGAAUUUUCAAAAGCACCACCGCCGAUCGAAAACUUUGCUUGCUUUGAAACAAACGGCGAAGUCAAUGAAGAUCCUUUUGGAGAAUUUGUCGGGGCUAGCUCAAGUGAAGCCGCCAAGCCUGUAGAUGAUCUUAUUUCCUUUUGA